AUGGCAAAGGCAUUGCCGUUACCUGCACUUAAUCCAUUUGAUGUUAAUGGUGACCAAACAAGUGUUUCCCAAAGGUGGGAUAAGUGGAAGAAAACCUUUGAAUUCUACAUAACGGCGACAGGGAUUACGGAUAAAGCGCAAAAAAGGGCUUUAUUUCUACACUCCGCGGGAAGUGAGGUUCAAGAAAUAUUUGAUACCCUUGGCGAGUCAGGAGAUGACCUGGACGGUGCAAGAAAGAAAUUAGAUGAGUACUUCCAACCAAAACGUAACAUAGCAUUUGAGCGCCAUUUGUUCAGAAACGCGGCACAAGGUGAAACAGAAAAAAUUGACAGUUUUGUGACUAGGCUGCGCAAACUGGCCGUAACCUGUGAAUUUGAGAAGCCAGAUGACAACAUUCGCGAUCAAAUCGUUGAAAAGUGUAGAUCGUCAAAAUUAAGAAAAAGACUCCUAAAGGAAAAGGAAUUAACUUUAAAAAAUGCAAUGGACAUAGCCCGAGCUGGCGAAAUCGUUGACGAGCAAGCAGACAGAUUCAAGGGCAGUGAAACAUUUUCAAGCUCCGAUGUUAACACUGUUAGGCCGUCGGUAAGUCACAGGAAACAGUACAUGCCUGAGAAAAGUUCACAGAAAGAUGCCACGUGUUUUAGGUGCGGGCGGAAGGGCCACAUUGCAAGGAACUGUACAAUUACUAAGGACAAGACGUGUAAUAAGUGUGGGAAAAAGGGUCAUUUCGCAAAGGUGUGUAAGACUAAAUCGGAUACCCCGCGCACUAGACCAGGUAAGGACCGCAGUACGAAGCAUGUUCAUUUAGUGCAGAGUGAGUCCUCAGAUGACGAGUUCGCAUUUGCUGUCUACAAAAACGAUGCAAAUGGCAUGAUAGACGUUAGCGUGGGCGGAGCUAAGAUACAGAUGCUAAUUGACUCUGGCGCGAGCUGCAAUAUCGUUAACCACAAUGUAUGGAGCGCCAUUAGAGCUAACGAUGGAACAAUGUCCCUAUCGAGAAGCACAAAAAGAUUGUUUUCUUACGGAUCAAAGGAACCGUUACAAAUACUUGGAACAUUUCGGACUGUAACCAAGCAUGGACUGCGUGAAACAUAUGCAGAGUUUGCUGUCGUUGAGGGCGAUUAUAUUUCCUUACUAGGAAAAGACACAGCAGUAGAGCUAGGAGUUCUACGCAUAGGAACCGAUGAGCCCGACCUAUGCUCCGUUAGAAGUGAACUUGAUAGGAUUGGUGCCUCAAGAAAUUCUGUUUUCAAGGGAGUAGGGAAACUGGAAAACUUUCAGCUGAAAAUCCAUGUCGACAAGACAGUGACCCCUGUAGCACAACCGUUACGACGUUUACCAUUUAAUGUGAGGAAAAGCGUGCACAAAAAGCUCGAGGAGCUGGAGAAGAUGGACAUAAUUGAGAAAGUAAACAGCCCAACGGCCUGGGUGUCGCCACUUGUCGUUGUGCCUAAGAAAAACGGGGAAAUUCGAAUCUGUGUCGAUAUGAGACGGGUCAACACUGCUGUUAAACGCGAGCGGUACCCGAUCCCGACUGUGGAUGAAAUGCUUGAGGAUAUGAACGGCAGCACAGUGUUCUCAAAACUUGAUUUACGCUGGGGAUACCACCAAAUAGAGUUAGACGAGGAAUCGAGAGAGAUAACCACGUUUGUGACACACGAGGGCCUUUAUCGCUAUAAGCGCCUCAUGUUCGGAAUUUCCUCAGCAUCUGAGAUCUACCAGAGAGUAAUCGGACAAGUCAUUCAAGGUAUCAAAGGAGUACGGAAUUUGUCUGAUGACAUUAUAGUCUACGGGACGGAUCAGGCGGACCAUAACAAGAAACUUACGAAGGUGCUCGACAGACUAGCUGAGAAAGGGCUUACCCUUAACAGAGAAAAAUGCGAAUUCGGUCUGUCAAAAAUUGUAUUCCUCGGACAUGUGAUUUCAUCAGAGGGGGUUCGACCUGACCAGGAAAAGAUCAAAGCAGUAUCGGAGACCAGAACGCCAAGCAACAGUUCCGAAAUAAGGAGCUUCCUGGGGCUAGCAAACUACUGCGGCCGUUUUAUACCAAAUUUCUCAACGAUAGCUGCCCCGUUACGAGAGCUUACAAGGAAGAACACGCACUGGAGUUGGACGAAAAGACACCAGGAUGCGUUUGACAUGCUAAAAAGAGCGCUCGUAAGUGCCGAAGCACUAGCAUACUACAAUCCAAAAGCCGAGACAAGGAUAAUCGUGGAUGCAAGUCCCGUUGGACUUGGGGCCAUUCUAGCACAGAAACAACCAGACGGAUUGUUUAAACCAAUUGCAUAUUCCAGUCGGACUCUAACCGACGUUGAGCAAAGAUACUCGCAGACGGAGCGCGAGGCUCUAGGUGUCGUGUUUGGGUGUGAAAAGUUUCACAUGUACAUAUACGGGCUAGAAUUCGAAAUCUGGACGGAUCAUAAGCCGUUGACCUACAUUUUUUCUCCAAAGUCGAAACCACCAGCUAGAAUCGAGCGAUGGAUAUUGCGACUUCAACCGUAUAAAUAUACGAUUGUCUAUAUACCUGGACCAAAGAACGCUGCUGAUGCUCUAUCCAGAUUGAGUCAGAAUCAGACUUGCCGAAUACGCCACAUUGCAGACGAGUAUGCGCAUUUCAUUGCAGAUAAUGCUGUACCAAAAGCACUCACUAUUGAAGAAGUUCGUCAGAAAACGUCGGAGGACCGAGAACUCCUCGAGAUUAUGAAGAGGGUCAAAACAGGACAUGGCCGUUUGGAUCCUAAAAUUCGUACUGUGGAAGCGGAACUUUCAGUCGUCGACGGAAUAGUAUUACGUGGAACGCGCAUCAUGCUGUCUAAAUGCCUGAGGAAACAAACAAUACAGUUGGCUCACGAAGGACACCAGGGCAUUGUCCGCACGAAACAAAGAUUAAGAGAAAAGGUAUGGUGGCCAGGCAUAGAUACAGAAGCCGAGCGAUUUGUUAGAACAUGUCAUCAAUGCCAACUUUUGUCGAACAACAAUAGGCCCGAACCAGUUCGAACAACGGUAUUACCCGACGGGCCAUGGCAGGAUCUGGCUAUAGAUCUUAUGGGACCGUUUCCUUCUGGUGAAUAUCUACUAGUCGUUAUAGACUAUUUCUCCCGAUUUCAGGAAGUAGCCAUAAUGAAAAAGAUAACAAGUGAGAAGAUCAUUCUACAACUCGAAAGUAUGUUCGCGAGGCACGGUUUACCUUACAGCAUGCGAAGCGACAACGGACCACAGUUUGUGUCAGAGGAGUUUAAGGGAUACCUGAAUUCAAAUGGUAUCAAACACAUUCGGACUACACCAUACUGGCCACAAGGAAAUGGGGAGGUAGAAAGGCAAAACCGAACACUACUCAAAGCCAUUAAAGCUGCAAACGCAGAAGGCAAGGAUUGGAGACAAGAACUACCCAAGUUCUUACUUGCGUACCGUGUGACCCCACAUUCUACAACUGGAAAAAGCCCUGCAGAGCUAUUAUAUAAUCGGAAAAUUCAUACCAAGUUACCAGAGAUCAAUACAAGAAUCGAUCGCAAAGAAGUAAGAGAAACGGACGCAAGACGGAAAGAGGAUUUUAAAAUAAGAGCGGAUGAGAAGCGCCGCGCCGUACCGUGUGAAAUUGAGAUCGGCGACACUGUUGUACAACGUCAGCCAAAGCGCGACAAGUUAACAACCGAAUUCGCGCCUGAGAAGUUCAUCGUGAGGGAGAAAUGCAGAAAUGCAGCGACUCUCGAGGAUGAAAACGGAUCGUUGAUUAAGCGAAACUGCACAGCUAUAAAGAAAUUUAUAUCGAGCGACGAAGACGAAAUUGAAUUGCAUGACCCAGAAGUUAGCGCAGACGAAACAGGAGACGAAUUGGAUAAAGACCGUUCUGUCACACAUACCGGAAGACCAUCCCGGGAACUUUCAGCCACGCCGAUUUGUGUGUCCAGUGUUUUAUCAUAUGCUACAGUCAAUCAGUUCUUAGUGGGACAUGAUCUUCACUCUAACAAGGAAGUCUGGAAGCUCAGAAAUGAUCCCAAAUCAGGGUUGAUCACCUCCUUUGCUGUACACCACUCCCAGUGUUGGUUGGCUGUGGGGACCAGCAGUGGGACACAUGUCUGUUGGGACGUGAGAUUCCAGCUUCCCAUCAACUCCAUAGUCCAUCCUACAGGUGUCCGAGUAAGGAGGUUGAUCAUGCAUGCCCAGGAGCAGUCCUGGCUGAUCUCAGCCACCCAGGGAAAUAAUGAGGUGUCCAUAUGGGACGUAGAGAUGGGGGCCAGACAAAAAGCCUGUGGGCAAGUCCUACACCCACACUUAUAUAUAUACUGA